GGCAGGGCAGGAGCGGGGCGCGUUCAAAAUGGCGGCGCGGGGCGGGCGCGGCGGCGGCAGCGGGCACGGCAGCCUGGACAAGAGCAUCACGCUGCCGCCCGACGAGAUCUUCCGCAACCUGGAGAACGCCAAGCGCUUCGCCAUAGACAUCGGUGGGUCAUUAACGAAGUUGGCUUAUUAUUCGACUGUGCAGCAUAAAGUAGCAAGAGUGAGAUCCUUUGAUCAUUCAGGAAAGGACAUCGAGCAUGAAUCUCCAUAUGAAGUCACAGUUCAGGAAGAGAUCACAGCUCGACUGCACUUCAUUAAAUUUGAAAACACUUACAUUGAAACCUGCCUUGAUUUCAUUAAAGACCAUCUUGUCAACACAGAAACUAAAGUGAUCAAAGCCACAGGGGGUGGCGCCUAUAAAUUCAAAGAUCUUAUUGAGAAGAAGCUGGGACUAAAGGUGGAUAAAGAAGAUGUAAUGACCUGCCUAAUUAAAGGGUGUAACUUUGUACUAAAAAAUAUACCACAUGAAGUAUUUGCCUACCAGAAAGAUUCGGAUACUGAAUUCCGGUUUCAAACAAAUCAUCCAAAUAUUUUCCCUUAUUUGCUAGUCAACAUUGGCUCUGGGGUGUCCAUAGUGAAGGUGGAAAUGGAGGACAAGUUUGAAUGGAUUGGAGGGAGCUCAAUCGGAGGGGGCACUUUCUGGGGUCUUGGAGCUUUACUCACAAAAACCAAGAAAUUUGAUGAACUGCUACAGCUUGCGUCAAAGGGACAGCACACAAAUGUAGACAUGCUGGUGAAAGAUGUGUAUGGAGGAGCCUGCCAGACUCUGGGUCUAAGUGGAAAUCUAAUAGCUAGCAGCUUUGGGAAAUCUGCCACAGCAGAUAAAGACUUUUCUAAAGAAGAUAUGGCAAAGAGCUUACUGCACAUGAUCAGCAAUGACAUUGGUCAGCUUGCCUGCCUCUAUGCCAAGCUCCAUAAUCUAGACAAAAUCUAUUUUGGAGGAUUCUUUAUUCGGGGUCAUCCAGUUACUAUGCGCACAAUCACCUACAGUAUUAACUUCUUUUCCAAGGGAGAGGUUCAGGCAUUGUUCCUGAGACAUGAAGGCUACCUGGGAGCCAUUGGGGCAUUUUUAAAAGGAGCUGAACAAGACAAUCCCAACCAGUACAGCUGGGGAGAGAAUUAUGCUGGGAGUUCUGGCCUCAUGAGCACUUCGCCUGAUCUUUGCCCCAUGCAGCGUACAAGGAGUGGCACGUUCGAUAUGUUCGAAAUGGAUCGGUUGGAGCGACCACUUGUUAACCUGCCAUUGUUAAAGGACUCGUCCACAUACAUCCCUGACACAGUUGACCUCACAGAUGAUGCCAUGGCCAGAAAAUACUGGCUCACUUGCUUUGAGGAAGCUUUGGAUGGGGUAGCAAAACGUGCUGCAGCCAGUCAGCCAGACUCCAUUGAUGCAGUCGAGCGAGCAGAGAAGUUUCAACAGAAGUACUGGAAUAAGCUCCAGACUCUGAGACAGCAGCCUUUUGCAUAUGGCACCUUAACAGUUAGGAGUUUGUUGGAUACAAGGGAACACUGUCUAAAUGAAUUCAAUUUUCCAGAUCCCUAUUCAAAGAUAAAGCAGAAAGAAAAUGGCAUAGCAUUAAAAUGUUUUCAAGGCGUAAUAGAAUCUUUGGAUUCGUUAGACUGGAAGGAGAGGCAGCUUGCUCUGGUGAAAGGACUUCUUGCAGGGAAUGUCUUUGACUGGGGAGCCAAAGCAGUCUCCGAUGUUCUGGAGUCUGAGACACAAUUUGGAUUUGAAGAAGCAAAGUCAAAAUUGCAAGAGCGCCCAUGGCUAGAAGAUUCCUACGACGAGUGGCUAGAUCGACUAAAGGAGGGCCCCCCUCACAAAUGUGCCUUAAUUUUCGCAGAUAACAGUGGAAUAGACAUCAUUUUAGGAGUCUUCCCUUUUGUCAGAGAGCUGCUCUCUAGUGGCACAGAGGUCAUAUUGGCUUGUAACUCUGGCCCUGCCCUAAAUGAUGUUACCUACAGUGAAUCUCUAAUUGUAGCUGAGAAAAUAGCAGCAAUGGAUUCAGUUAUUCAGUCUGCAUUGAAGGAAGAGAGGCUGCUGUUGGUACAGACAGGUUCAAGUUCUCCAUGUUUGGACCUAAGCCGCCUGGACAAAGGUUUGGCCAUGCUGGUCCGGGAGCGGAAGACGGACUUGGUUAUAAUUGAAGGGAUGGGCCGUGCUAUCCACACAAAUUAUUACGCAGCUCUGAAGUGCGAAAGCCUCAAACUCGCUGUCAUCAAAAACUCCUGGCUGGCUGAGCGGCUGGGUGGGAAGAUCUUCAGUGUCAUUUUUAAGUAUGAAGUGCCACGUGAGUGAUGGGGUCCAGCGGACUGAAUCCACAGCAGCAGCAGGAACGGACUUGCACUAGUUUUACUUUAAUUGUAAAGAAUGUAUUUUUAUUACAACAGGGAAAAUGAGUUCACAUGAAAUUCCAUAUUUAUAUUGUGCUUUUGUGACUUAAAGCAACAAUAUGAUUCAUUAUAUAAAAUAUACACCCCAAAUAUAUAUGUAUAUCACUCAUUGUUUAUUUUGGUAAGUGUUUAUUUUAAUGCUGCAGUAUUUGUGAUGAAAAGACUUUAUUUUUUGUUCUGUGAGACAUUCAUAUAGAAAUAUAUUUAAAUGUCAAUGAAAUCUUUUUUAUACAUCUCUGCCUGCCAUGCCAGCAGUGACUUGGCACAUACCAAAUAGAGUUUUUAAAGUGCUGAAAGCGUUUGACUUUGCAUUUUAAUAUUUGAAUUCCUGAAAUGUUUCUCGCCCACUUUUUGAGCUCUCCCCAGUCUGGUCAGAUGGAGCAAGUUGCCUUCUAACCUGGUGAAUACUGCUGAAUGAAUAUAGGGACCAAAAAUAACUGAUCCAAUAUCCAGUGAGGGUGGCAGAUGGGUAAAUAUCAGGAUCACUAACUUGCUGUAGCAGUUAGGCAAUUCCUACUUUCCCCACAUUUACAGCUGGAUUUUUCUCUUCUUCCCAGAGUGAUCAGGAAACCACAGUUUCAGAAUGAAAGCACAGUUGGUCAGUUUGUAAGUAAUUAACUUUUAUUUCGUUUCAACUGAUUCACAUCCUCUGUCACUAACAAAAAUGCUUGAAGCAGAAUAGCUACCAUUACACUGGUGGCAGACUUGUAUAGUUUGGUUUUAAAGGCAGGUGCUAUUCUGCUUUUAGCUCUACUACAAAUUGCCCACGUGUGAGUUCUCUGAUUUUCAUUUUGGCCUUAGCACGUUGCUUCAGUCUUUGGGGGGCAAACAGGAAGUCUUAACAGUUGCUCCUUCCCAUGGACAGGGUGCAUAAUUGCACAGGAAAUGCCAAUAAACCAAAAGGGGAAUAUGAAUCAUUAACCCUCCUCCUCACUAUUGUCAGCAGAAAGAUGGAGAUCACCCCUCACUUUAAUUUCAUUAGUUCGAGGGUGAAAUAGAGAAUGCAUGCAAAGCAGCUUAUGUAUUUAGCUGAAAAUAUCUAGGCUAAUAAUUGGCAUUAUGCACUUACUGAAAUGAGAUCCCAGCACCUCAGAAUAUCCCUUAUUGUCUGAAAUAAGUGUUAGUUACCUGGUGCAAAAAUACUGUCUUGGUGCUAAAGACAUCUGUGUA